AUGGCUGACGGUUUGAGAAGGAAAGUUGCUCUUUCACAUUAUGAGGCUGCUCAGUUAUUUUUGGAUGGCAAUCCAGAGGAAGAAGUGACGGAAAACGACGCGUUUGGUGACUUACCGUCUACUGUCGAGCUGAAAACAACUCAUUCACAUCAUAUCCACGAUAACAAUACGAGUAAUGAAACGACGAACCAGUUAAUUAACAACCCGUUCCUCAAGUGGGACUCCUUCUUUGAACACAAUAUCCAAGUCGAAUUAAAGGAUAGAGGCUACAAAUUCAAUGUAUAUUAUACUCUUCCAACAAAAUUUGAUUUUGCUUCUCUGCCCAUUUUUAUGUUUCACCACGGAGCUGGAUCUUCUGGUUUAACUUUUGCUUCUUUGGCAAAGGCAUUGAAUGAAAAGCUAGAUGGACAAUGUGGCUUCUUCUCCUUUGAUGCCAGAGGUCAUGGAGACACACAGCCUUUGUCACGAGACAGAGCUCAACCACAGUAUAACAGGGAUGAUUAUACUCUGGACUUUUCUGCCCUCAUAGAUUACCACUAUAAUGACAUUCUGCUUGCGUCAAAAGUUCCUAAAGAAAAGAUAAGUCUGAUUCUUGUGGGCCAUUCAUUAGGUGGAAGUAUAUGCACUUUCGUAUAUGAUCUGCUUUCUACGGCAGUCCGCAAAAGCCUGUUAGGCGUGACAAUGUUAGAUAUAGUCGAGGAGGCAGCCAUCCAGGCGCUUAGAAAGGUGGACCACUUUUUAUACGAGACUCCAAAUGUUUUCAGCUCAUUUGAAGAAGCUGUAGAUUGGCACGUUAACCACAGUCUCUUUAAAUCGAGGAGUAGUGCAGAAAUCGCUAUUCCUGCACUAUUCAAAUACUCUAAUUCUGGUAGAAUAAUGAGAAUUACCGACCUGAAAACUUUCCGACCCUUUUGGGAUACUUGGUUUUCUGGAUUAUCACAUCAAUUUGUUGUUACGCCCACUUGUAAACUACUGAUACUUGCUGGGAACGACAAUUUAGACAAAGAGUUGAUUGUUGGACAAAUGCAGGGAAAAUAUCAACUUGUGGUAUUCCAGGAUUCAGGCCACUUUAUACAAGAGGAUGUGCCGACGAAAACGGCACUGACACUUAUAGACUUCUGGAAGCGGAAUGAUAAUAGAAAUGUUGUUAUCAAGAGUAAUUGGGGAAAGGCUGUUAAGUAG